AUGGAACACAGACCACAGAUCAAGUGGUCUGUGUUCAUAUUGGACAUUACUCUGACUAUGGAGGCUUUUGGGGAUUCUUUGUGCGGACCAGAACCUGAAGCUGUGGUCCACGGUUUGAAAGUUAAUCAAGGUUACUUCUUCCGUGUCACCGUUUGGAAAGAUCCUGUAAACCAGUUGUAUGGCAACAUCACUGAAGCUGUUUAUGCAAAAACUAAAGCUGGUUGUAUUUUCCAAGGCAAAACAUACCAAGUUGGUCAAUUGUAUGAAGUAAAUUGUGAAGAUAUAUGUAAGUGUAUGUCAGACGGUAAAUUCGCAUGUGAACCGGUUUGUCCAGAAGAACGCCACAAUCCGAAAAUAAACAACCCUCUGUUCAAAUGUACGAGGGAACUGAUUGGUCAGUCAGAGUGUUGCUACGCAACAGUUUGUGAACCUAUAGACAGUUAA